AUGUAGAGGAACUAAAAUCCAAAAAGUGCAAAUCACUAUUUAAACAUGUCGUCAUUAGUACAGUUGAUGAUGAUUAAAAUGGCUUAAAAAGCAAAAAAUGAUCUAUCUAGAAAUAUUUUCAAGCAAGACAAAGAAAUUAGUCUAUUGGAAUAAUUGAUUAUGAAGCAGUACCAGUCUCACAGAGAAUUGUCAAACAUAAUGUCGAAUGAAAGCUAAAACACAAAGAAUGGCUUAGCUACAAGUAGCAGAAACGGGGAUGAUGUUGACUCAAUAAAAUGGAACUCGUUUAAUACGAAGUAGUAAAAGAAAACAUCGGCUACUCUGAAAAAACUUAGUAUAAAAAAAUUGAAUUCAUUACUAGAGAAAAACCAAGAAUUUAAAAAGAGAAUAAACCUACCUGCCAUCGAUUCCUUAAAAAGAUGUUAAACUCAAACUAAUUCUGAGCUCCUAUCUAAUAGAUUAUUCAACUCUUCAUUAGUUGGAUCAAUGCUUGGCUCUGAUGGAGAGAUGAAAUCUGGGAAUAUGUUAAAAGCUUAGUCCACUAGGUACCAAAUAUUUGAAAACGAAGAAGAGGAAUCAAGCGAACUUUUGGAUAACUUUCUAUUAGAUAACUAGGACAACUUUUCUAAUAAUUUAAUAAUAGGCACAAGUUCAAUUAUCGGAAUUAGUCAGCCUGAAAUUAAGAUUACUGAAUAGGAAUCACAAGAUGUAUUUAAUAAGUCUACUUUGGUAAACUAAAAUUCCUAAUAGAAUUAAGGAUUUCUAGCUAUCCCUUAAAAACACGCUCAAUUGAAUACUCAAUCUACAUCUAUAAAGAUUUUGCCUCCUUUAAGGAAAAUUCACGAUAGAUAAAAAAGUUCAGGAAGAAUCUCAUAAUAGCAAUGCCAAAUGAAUGAGCAGAACAUUUACAAUAAUGACUUUAUCUCUCAAAACCAAACCUCACUUAGUUAAAGAGAAAACUCGAAUAAAUAUGAAAAUUAGGCAACCUUUAAAAAAAUUUCUGAAAGACUUUACAAGCUACCAAAAAUGAACAUAAUCAUUUCUUAGGCUGAGCAUACUCAGUCUAAUUGA